UCUCUCUCUCGCUGCCUUUGCUAAGUGAGUUUCUCAGAGUCCUCCAGGGCUGAAGGGCUGGAUCGUGUUGCCAGAAGAAGUAUACUGAGGGGGCUGCAAGUUGUUGGACUGUACGUAACAUGUGUGCUUGAGUCUCCUCACUGAAGCUCAUCAGAACUCCCACAAUGCACCUGUUGCUGUUCUCGCUCCUCAUCGGCAUAGCUGCAGGUGGAGGUCUGGAUGACAAGAAGGGACCCCUGGAAGACAAGGUUCUGGACGUUCCAGAGGCCGCUCCCGUACCCUACGCUCUUUAUCAGUUCCAUGCAGUCAACCCUGAUGUGAACGGCUUCAGGGUGAGCGGAGACUCGGAGGGGAAGAUCCAGAUCUCCAGAGAUGGAUGGCUCUACCUGGAAGAGGCUUUAGUCUGGGCCCACGCACACACACACACUCUGCAGGUGGAGGCGCUAGUCGACACUGAACCAGUAGAGGGUCCGUUCACUGUCACCAUCAACGUGCUGGAUAUCAACAACCACGCCCCUUCCUUCAACCAGACAGACUAUGUGGCUGUGAUCAGGGAAGGCAGUGUUGCAGGUGUUCCAUUCACGCGUGUGUUUGCAUCUGACCUGGAUGACCCUGAGUCGACCAACUCCCAUCUGAGCUACAGCUUGGUCAACCAGAUCCCCAACAAGCACAGCACCCCCUUCUUCCAGAUCAACACAGAGACAGGGGAGAUCUCCACCACCGAAGAGGGACAGCGCUUGCUGAAAGCCAGAGAGGGUGUUGUGUAUUCCAGAGGUCAGGAUGGCAGCAGCCAUGAUGCCUUGAAGAGGAAGUUUGAUGAGUACUGUUCCCCUAUAAAGGAUGUCCCAUACGAACUCAACCCCUUCUACACCUGUGUGGAGAGAGCAGAGAUGCGUAGGCUAAAUCCCCUGGAGGACCCAGACUUCGUUCUGUUUGUGCGUGUGGAGGACCUGGGCGGGCAGUCAGAGAAUGCUCUCAGCUCCAACACCAGAGUCAAUGUCGCUGUGCAGCAGAACCUGUGGGUCACCCCUGGACCAAUCACAAUCAAGGAACAUCUAGUGACCACAUACCCCAUGUUAAUUGCUAAGGUCCAGUCUAACACGCACAGCGCCCUCUACAGGCUGGUGCAGAAGGAGCGCCUGCUUCCUUUCCCCUUCAGUGUCACUCCCGAGGGAGAGGUCAUGCUGACUGAGCAGAUGGACAGAGAGGAGAAGAGCAGGUACACUGUGGUGGUGCUGGCUGAGGACCAUGAAGGGAACGAGCUGGACCCUCCCAUGGAGAUCCAGGUGCUGGUGGAGGACGUGAAUGACAACCCUCCGGUCUGCCUGCUGGACGAGACCGUGUUUGAGAUCCAGGAGAACGAGCUUCCAGGAAGCCCUCUGGGCCAGCUGCAGGUCAGCGAUGCGGACGAGGAGAACACAGUCAACUCCUUGCUGUCCUACACGCUCCUGAUCCAGGCUCCUGAAACCAGCUCCCCCAUGUUCUCUAUCGAUGAUAUCACGGGACGUGUCCAGUCCAGACAGCUGCUCAAGAGGAGAGACGCCACCGAGUAUCGUCUCACCGUGAGAGUCCACGACCCAGGUUUCAGCACAGAGUGCAAGGUUGUCAUCAAGGUCAUAGACGUCAACAACGAAGUGCCAAUCUUUGAGCAGAGCGAUUACGGUAGCCACACCCUCUCUGAGGACACCCCAGUAGGCCACACCCUCCUGACAGUGAAAGCCACGGAUGCUGACGACCCAGGCAGCGGGAGCUCACGCAUCGAGUUCCACAUCACCGCUGGCAACGAGGACGGAGUCUUUGCCAUGGAGACAGAGUCCAACGGAGAGGGCAGGAUCGUUCUUGUCAAGCCUCUAGACUUUGAGAUCACACCCUCCACCAGACUCCAGAUCGACGCCCGGAACCCAGAGCCCCUGAUGGCCGGAAUACAGUACGACAACCAGUCCACUGCCUUCGUCACGGUGGAGAUCAAUGAUGUGGAUGAAGCUCCGGAGUUUGACAUGGACAUUCUAGACGUGGUCCUACCAGAGAACACCAGCCUGGGAGCCUCUGUGGUCACAGUAGGGGCCAAGGACCCAGAGGGAAAACUCAUUGAAUUCAAGCUGGAAGGUGACACCAAAAGCUGGUUAGAGAUCGAUCCAGCCACAGGCGAGAUCAAGACCAAGGCCAAGCUGGACAGAGAGGUGCUGGAGGCCUUUGAUGUCACAGUCAUCGCCUUUGAAAAAGCCAAUCCCCAGCUGUCCUCGGAGUGUGUGGUCUCUGUGCGCCUGUUGGAUGUGAAUGACAACGUGCCCAAGCUUCUGGAGACCCAGGCCUUCAUCUGCGUCAAGAAGCCCAAGCCUGUCAUCCUGUCAGCCACGGAUGCAGAUAGCGCCCCCUACAGCCAGCCCUUCACGUUCACCUUCCCCCAGAGCAAAAAGUCUCCUAACUGGGACAUCAGCAGCAUUGAUGGUACAUCUGCUAAACUGACCAUGAAGAAAUCUCCAACGGAGGACAAAACCUUUGUGAUCCCCAUAAACAUUAAGGACAGCGCAGGGAUGGGCGUCACACACAAGUUUGAGGUGAGGGUGUGUAACUGUACAGAGCUGGGGUACUGUUACACCAAACCAAGUGAGCACGGCUUCAAGUACGGAAUUCCCACCACCAUCGGGAUCCUUGGCGGGACUCUGGGAUUCAUUGUCCUCCUGCUGGUCAUCGUGUUCCACCGCAUCAAGAAGGAUAACGAGAAGAGGAGACUGCAGGAGGGAGACACACAGUCCAUGCUGUAGAACAGCUGCUUGUUUAUGUUAAAAGAUAGUACACUAAAGGUUUCAUUAGUUUUAUGGAUGUUAUACACUAUAGCUUGUUAUAAUCAAGUUUUUGUUGCAGUUUAAUAACUUAUUUACCCUAAAAGUUGACAAAAUAUAAAAUAGUGAUUUAUUCAUUUAGGUAUAUAUUUCUCAUUCAUGAUUGAUGCUUUCAAACCUUCGUCUAAACUUUCUACGCUACCAGUUAGACAUGUCAGUCACACAGUGAGGGGUUUACUGUGUGUGUCUACAAGCAUCACAAAGAUGUCCUACUGUUAUUGUAAACAUUGUAAAUGUACAUUUAAUAAGUUGAUCACUGUAGAAGCUCACAGUAAUCCAGUUCUUGUCUGUUAGUUAGUGACUUGUAGCCAGGGUGUCAGCGUUCUAAAACAUGUCUGAAGUAGCACAGUAAACAUCACAGAUGUAACACCUUCAUUCUCUCCCGGAGAGGUCCAGCAUGUGGAUCUCUGAUCCACGCUCAGUGAUAAUGUGGACAGUGGGUUUCUCAAUAAAAAAGAGUUUUACCUUUG